AUGCCAGGCUAUCCUGUCGAUGCUGGUGAACUAUGUACUUUUAUAAGCACGGAUCAACAACCUAGCUCUCUAGAUGCUUGUGCACAAUUAUCUGCAGAAGAGAAACUUGCUGCAGAACAGAGUCUUUCAGUUUUUUGCAAGCCUGUAGAGUUCUACAACAUUCUUCAUCACCGUGCAACAAUAAGCUCACCAGUUUUCCUUCCGAGAUGUUUCGAGUACCGGAUACAGGCCAGGGACAACAAUAGGAUACAAAUAACAGUUUUGCUGUCAUGGAGUGAUGAAGAAACUCAAAACAUGUUUCCUUUUUAUGUCAGUCUGGCAAGGCGUGAUCUUAAGAAUGAAGACGCUGGUCCUACAAAAAACAAAAAGUAUUCUACUGUUUAUCUACUCAGUCAGAUAGUCACCAUUCGAGGUUCAUCCGGCGUUGAUGGGAACAGUAUAAUCAAAGCAGAAUUUACGCUUUGUGAAGUUAAUAAGUUAGCUGCAGAAGCUAAUUCUGGCUCACUUUUUCUCUUGUUUUUUACCACUGAGGGAAACUCAGAUUCAUCAUCUAGAGUCAAUGCAAGCCGGGGGCCUUCAGAUCCAACAUCUCAUGAAUCAUUAGCUGAAAAGAACUGCUUAUAUGGGAAAAUUUCUUUUCAAUCCAUUUACUUGGCUUGGAAAAAUUCUCCAAAUUUCUGUUGGGGACAACGAGCUGAGAUUAAAACUACUCUUGAUCUGCUUCCAUGUGUUUUGAAGUAUGACUUUGUAAAUAAGGGUACGACCAUUGCAAUCCAAGAUCUAUGGAAUUCUGAGAUUGAGAGUACAUCAUCAAAGAGCGUUGAAAUAAAAAUCUUUGCUGAAGAGAUCGAGGCCAUAGAGAAAUCUCGCAACCGUAGAAAAGCAUUACCAUCAUCAUCAAGAUCAUCAUUAUCUCGGCUCAUUCGGUUGAAAGAAGGAAAGGUGACAUUUAAUUACAGGUAUUACAAGAACAAAUUACAGAGAACAGAAGUCUCUGAAAAUUUCUCCUGUCCAUUCUGUUUGAUUAAAUGGGGAAGCUAUAAGGGUCUAAGAUGUCACUUGCUCGCAUCACAUGAUCUUUUCAAAUUUGAAUUUUCGGCAUCGGAAGAUUGUCUGGCUGUUAAUGUGUCUCUGAAUUUUGACAUUUGGAGAUUUGAGCUUGUUGGAGAUGGUGUUGAUCCAAAAUUGGAAACUUUUUUCCUUCAUGGCAAGCGAAUGACACACAUAAGUCCAGAAAAUGCAUGUUUUGAAGUGGUCCAGGAUGUAGACUCGCCGGCCUUAGCAAAUAAUGCAGACCACCCGGCCAUAGCUAUGGAUGCAGACCCACCGGUCUUAGCUAUGGAUGCAGACCCGCCGGUCUUAGCUUUGAAUGCAGACCCGCUGGUGGUUGCAGACUCACCGGUCUUAGCUAUGGAUGCGGACUCACCAGUAUUAGCUAUGGAUGUGAGCCCGCCGGUAUUCGCUAUGGAAGUGGACCCGCCGGUAGCUAAGGAUGCGGACCCGCCGGUAUUAGCUAUGGAUGUGGAUCCGCCAGUCUUAGCUACGGGUGCGGACCCGUCAGUCUUAUCCGCGGAUGCAGACCCGCCGGUCUUAACCGCGGAUGUGGAGCCGCCGGUCUUAACCGUGGAUGCAGAGCCGCCUGUCUUAGCAGUGGAUGCGGACCCGCCUGUCUUAGCAGUGGAUGCGGACCCGCCUGUCUUAGCUGUGGAUGCAGACCCUCCUGUCUUAGCUGUGGAUGCAGACCCACCUGUCCUAGCUGUGGAUGCGGACCCGCCUCUCCUAGCUAUGGAUGCAGACCCACCGCUCGUAGCUAUGGGUGCGGACCCGCCUCUUCUAGCUAUGGAUGCAGACCCACCGGUCUUGGCCAUGGAUGCAGACCCACAAUUCUUAGAGUCUGAAACUCCUUUAGGUGAUAAUGGAUUUUUAAAGAAGAUUGAUGGAAAUUCUGCAACUAUAUCAGGGGAUGCUAAUGCAAGUAUUGUGCCCAAUCCUGAUCCAAACUGUGUCCCACUAAUAUCUAAGCAUGAUCACAGGACUCCUGCAGUGCCACGGAUUGGCAAUACAGGGAAGUUACCAGUUGAGCAUUUUGAUCCACAAAACAUAGCCCGAUUGAAGAAGCGGCAGUUUUAUCAUUCUCACAAAGCUCAGGCAAUGUCACUUGAAGAAGUUCUAUCAAAUUAUGAUAGUGAGGAUGAAGUUGAUGAUGAAGUUGCCGAUAUUGAAGAGCGGAGGAAGCUUGAUCUUCAUCCUUUGAGCAAAGAAGAGAAGCAAUUUAUGUUCAUGUGGAACUCAUUUAUUCGGAAGCAACGUGUGCGGAUAGAUUCUCACAUUCGUUGGGCAUGUAAGGCUUUCUCAGUAUUGCAUGGCUCCGAGAUUGUUAAAUCCCGCAAAUUAACUUGGUAUUGGACAAUGUUCAGGAUCAAACUAUAUAAUUUGGGUCUUAUAGAUGGAAAAAUCAUCAAUGAUUGCAGUAAUAUUCUCGAACAACACGAGAAGCAUAAUUCAAAUCCUGAGAUCCCAGCAGCUAAUAUAAACUCCAUUCAUUUGUCCCCUCUUAAAAAUAAAAGAAGUAAGAAGAUAACACCGAAAGUGACUUCUUCAUAA